UAUGGCCGUUGAACUGGGCUUGGAUUUGGAGAAAAUUGUAAUUUGACAGCACUCGCCGGGGCUGCGAUAACAACCCGUUUCCAUCUCAGGAGUGUGAGGGACAGAUGCACUUGAAUGAAGGGAGCCGUGGAUGCACGGGACGGUGUCAGUGAGCUGAGGAAACGUCCACAGAGAGAAACCCGUCAUGUCGUUUUUCAAGAGGAAAGCCAAAAGCAAAGAACCUGAGAGAGUGACAGAUGCUAAAGUCAACAGAGCUCCAGUCAGCCCUCACUCUCCAUCAUUAGGACUGAGGAACCACCAUGCCAUCCAGGAAGCUGCGGGGCCCAGCCAUGUGGCCAUCAACGCCAUCUCUGCCAACAUGGACUCCUUCGCCCGCGGUCGCACCGCCAUCCUCAAGAAACAGCCGAGUCACAUGGAGGCUGCACACUUUGGCGACCUUGGUCAUUCCAGUGUGAACUAUCAGCCCCAGGAGACCCGCUCUCGGCUGUCCAAGACGGUGGACCAGGUCCUCCGGGACAAUGUGGCGAUGCCGCACUACAUGCAUUUCACGGAACUGCAGGGUGCUGACCAUCUGGUUCGGUUCUGGUUGGAGGCUGAGGGUUUCCGCUCCACCAGCUGGUCGCGAGUCAGAGCGCACAGUCUAAACUCUGUCAAACACAGCUCCUUGGCUGAGCCCGUCCCCGCCUCCCCAGAUGGCUCAGAGUUCCCCGAGACGGCCCCACACACGCCCUAUGCCCUCGCCCGGGACAGUAGCAGUGAACGUCCUGCAGUGCCGUCAGAGCGGCGGGACUCCUCCAGCUCAGACGCGGGCCUGAGACCCGGCACCCCUCGAGCAGAUACCCCCAGCAGGCAGGCACCCUCCAGGACAGGGACUCCCUACAAGGUGCAGGCGAACAGCGCCCUGCGAGACUCUGACAAACUCAUGAAAAGUAUAGAGAAAGAUGCUGUUACCAUCUUCACCAAGUACAUCUCUCCGGACGCUGUGAGGCCCAUCCCCAUCACAGAACAAAUCAGAAAUGACAUAGUUGCUAAGAUAUGUGGAGAGGACGGCAUGGUGGACCCAAACUGCUUUGUCAUUGCACAGUCUGUCGUCUUCGCCAUCUUGGAGCAACAGCACUUUAGUGAAUUCCUGCGGAGCCAUCAUUUCUGUAAAUACCAGAUUGAAGUGUUGACUAGUGGCUCUGUGUUCCUGGCUGACAUUUUGUUCUGUGAGUCAGCUCUCUUCUACUUCUCUGAGUACAUGGAAAAGGAGGAGGCGAUGAAUGUACUGCAGUUCUGGCUGGCGGCAGACAACUUCCAGAACCAGCUCGCAGCUAAAAAGGGCCAGUACGACGGCCAGGAGGCUCAGAACGACGCCAUGAUCCUCUACGACAAGUAUUUCUCACUCCAAGCCACCAACCCUCUGGGCUUCGGCGACUCCGUGCGGAUGGAGAUAGAGUCGAAUAUCUGCAGAGAGGGAGGACCUCUCCCCGACUGCUUCACCACUCCGCUCAGACAGGCCUGGACAACCAUGGAGAAGGUCUACAUGCCAGGCUUCCUGUCUAGCAACCUUUACUACAAAUACCUGAGUGACCUCAUCAACUCUGUGCGGGCGGAUGAAUUUGUGAAUGUCAGCACUCCAGGUCAGAGCGGGCCCGCGGACAACGACCGCUCCGGUUCAAAUGCCAGCGAGGGCUCUCAGACUCAGCACGGUGCCAGAAAGGCCGCGAUCAAGAUCCUGAAAAACUUUGAUGAGGCGAUCACAGUGGACGUGGCCAGUCUGGACCCGGAGUCCUUGUACCAGCGGCCAUACGCUGGAAGGAUGACGUUUGGGAAGGUGAACGAGCUGGGCCAGUUUAUCAGGGAGGCAGAGCCAGAGCCGGAUGUGAAGAAAUCCAAAGGUUCCAUGUUUUCUCAAGCCAUGAAGAAAUGGGUCCAAGGCAACUCAGAUGAGGCCCAGGAGGAGAUGGCGUGGCAGAUUGCCAAGAUGAUUGUCAACGAUGUCGUCCACCAGUCAAACCAUGACAGCCCCGGCAAGGCCACCAAGUUAUGACCCCACUGAGCGACCAAAGGACUGUCACUCCCUGCAGACGCCAGCCAAGCCGGUGACAAACCGUACACAGGGUUCACCCUGCAAUGAACUGCAUUACUCCGAGAGCGAACAAGGCUUUUUAUCACCUCCCUGAACAACGUGUGUGUGUGUGUGUGUGUGUGUGUGAGUGUGU